GGGAGGCGGGCCGUGCGCAUUUCGAACUCACGCACGCACACGCACCUCUUCUCCAGUCUCCUUGCUUCUCCAGUCCUCCUCCUCCAUUCCCUCUGUCACUUCCUGCUGCGUAAAGCACCUUUUCUUUUUGACACUAUCCCGCGCUCUUUCUUCCUUCUUGCCCUCUCAUGGCGAAUUCGAGUGAAGAUCCCACCACCGCUACACCUCACCCUUCGCAAUUUCACUUGCAGCUGCUUCAUUCUCAUUCUCACUUCCUGAAUCAAUAUCAAUCUUCUCCUUCUUUUUCUUUUUCCACCUCUCCAAAACCACACCUUCCUCUUUCAUCUUCUUCUCUUGCUUCUUCUAAUACUAACAAUAAUAACAAUCGCUUGUCUAACAUUAUUCGUUUGGCUUUCCAAUUGCAUGCUUCUGACUCGCAUUCUGCUUUCGGUAAACUCGCUUUGAAGCAAAAUAAUGAAAAGCACAAUCAUGAGGCUUAGUAUACUGGACAAGCAACCAUCCCCUCUGAUAGCAAACUAGUUGCUGAUAAUACACUUGAUCCUCAGUCUGCCACUGGCAUGAAGCGUAACAGUAGAUCAAAGGUUCCAAAAAAUGCCAAAUUAGGGACUCAAAGAUCAAAUGCUGAGUCUCUUAAUGGUCUGAAUCCAGCAACUGGUUGAUGAUAUGACAGUUCUUUAGGCAUAUUGACCAAGAAAUUUGUCAAGUUGAUCCAGGAGGCCAAGGAUGGCACCCUUGAUCUGAAUAGAACUGCAGACGUGUUUGAGGUCCAAAAUAGGAGGAUAUAUGAUAUUACAAAUGUUUUAGAAGGAAUAGCAUUGAUAGAGAAAACAUCUAAAAACAACAUAAGGUGGAGGGGCUAUGAUGGUUGUGGGCCAAAGGAUUUGGAUAAUCAUGUUACCAGAUUAAAGGUUUCAUUACAGACUGAAGUUGAAAGCUUACAUGCUGAUGAACACAGGCUUGACGAAUCUAUAGGGGAAAAGCAAGAGCUUCUGAGGGUCCUGGAGGAAGAUGAAAAUAACAAAAGGCAUCUCUUUUUGAAGGAGGAAGAUAUCACAAGCCUUCCAUGCUUCCAGAAUCAAAUGCUCAUUGCAAUAAAAGCUCUUCAAGCUAGUUAUCUUGAAGUUCCUGAUCCUGAUGGGGACAUUGGUCCUCCUCAGUAUAAAAUGAUUGUUAGAAGCAACACUGGACCAAUUGAUUUGUACCUCUUGAGAGUGGAAACUGAAGAGCUAUCUUUAGACCAACAGAAUGAUCAAAACAAUGUUGGUGAGUUGUUCAGCUCAGCAUACUCAGAGUCAUCUGGAAUUCAGAAGAUAAGUCCUUCAGACUAUGAUAUUGAUGAUGAUUAUUGGUUUCAAUCCAAUCCCAAAGUCAGCAUUUCAGAGUUGUGGGGGGAGUGGGAGUAAAUAGCAUCCAAACAGUGAGAUUCAUGAAGUUAUGAUUUUUGAAACAGUUGAACCUGUCGUAUAAUUUGAAGGCCUAACUUAUUGUUAGUCAGGAUGAUUCACGUGUUCAUCAGGUACUUCCUUGAUACUUCUGGGAAGAGUUGGUCACUGCUGUUUUGUGAGGUAAAAGAAAAUCAGGUUGUUUAAGAUGACCUGAAGGGGGUGCUUAUUACAAGUUUACACCCCCUUUGCACUUGGAAGUGUAAAUUUUGUAGAUAGAUUUUUUUAAUUUUUUCCCUUUAACUUAACUCUAACCAUUUAAGAAGUUUUAGGAAAUGGAUGCUGGAUUUCGCCAGUUGUCUUUUAUCUCUAAUCUUAAGGAGAACCCUUAAUUAUCAGUUUCAUUUUGGAUUUGUUUCAUCGUAAGUGUACUGGUCAUACUGGCCAUAUUGAUGUUGUACCUAGCGCCAGUGGGCAGUAUUUCGGGCUGAAGAGUUGAAGUGUUUUUAUCUUUA